UCUGUUCCUCGCUGUCAGAAAUAAAACUGAUCGUUGCAUUUUUAUCGGAUAAUCGCUAAAAAACUAGAGAAAUAAUAAUUUUUCUAUGGAUUUAGUGUAAAUUAACAAUUAGUACUUAUUAAUUUUAAUUAUGUUUUGGAGCGGUAACUAUAUUGUAGUACGGGAGUUAAAUUUUCUCCUCAAAGAAGAGAAUGUGACUCUGAGUCAAGUGUUGGAGGCAGAUGACAUCCUGCAGGAAUGCAAGGGGGAUAACAAGAACCUGAUACAAUUCCUCACGCGGCCCGACAUAUUGGCAGAGCUGAUCACGCUGAUCACAGAGGAGCCCCCACAGAAUGUGGAGCUCACAUCACAGUACAGGCUGGCCAGCAUCGCUUGUGAGGUGUUGACAAGCGACCUAGCCACUCUCAGCGACAAGUUGUCCAUGGACGUGACGCAGAUGAACCGCCUUUGCGACUUCAUCACAAAGGAACCACCGCUGAACCCACUGCUGGCAUCCUACUUCAGCAAGACCGUGGAAAUGCUACUAGAACGGAAUACUAAACAGGACUGGUACUUGUAUCACAUCGUAUGCCUUCGCGUGCUGGACUUCUUCAAGUCUAGGAAGGACUUCCUUCCAAACUUGCUGAGACACAUGGCCACUUCAGCCAUUGCGGACACCUUCAAAUACUUCAUCCGCCUUGAUGACCUGUUCAACAAGAUUGUUAUGGAGUGGUUCGAGGAGCACCAGCUGCUGGAGAGCCUCAUCCAAGUGGUGUGCGGCGGGUACCUGCCCGAGGAUACUGACGACGAGUUGACUAACCAUAACCACACAGGAAAGGAGACUGAGAAGGGCGACUCUGGCCAGCCUCCGCGGCGGACUCUCAGCCGCAAGCUGCAGGCGGCGGCCGCCGGCAACGCGGCCGCGCUGCUCUGUGACAUCCUGCUGUGCGGCGACGCGCGCUCCAGGACGCAGGAGACGCUGGUAUCUCGUCUCCAAAGCGAAGAGUGUGUGAAAUCUCUGCUACAAGCAAUGUUCACAUCAAGACCUCAAGCCCGCGCCUUCGCCGUCGUGAACGGAUGCAGAGUCCUAUUGCCGUUACUCACACAGGAGCCAGUCCAAACCACAGCUGACGGUGAACCCGAGCGCUCCUCGGUGGAGCUGGGCAUCGCGCCGCACCUGCCGCUGGUGCACCAGGCGCUGCUGCACGACCCGCGCGCCGCCGCCGCCGGCGUGGGGCUGCCGCGCAUGCACCUCGCGGGGCUGGUGGGCCAGCUGGCGUUGUCGGAUUUGGACGAGAUCUGCAACGCUUUGAGGGCACUCGGCACGCCCGGGGUGCUCUUCGACAUGGUGUUCCAGUACCCGGAGAACAACUUCUUGCACAGCGAGGUGUACUCGCUGGUCAAACACGCGUUGAGCAACAGGAUAUACCGCACGCAGUACGCUAGACAUUUUUUCCUGGAAUGCGACCUGCUGAACAGGUUAAUGGACGUGUACGAGGAGAACGAGAACAAAAAACCGACAGGGGAUUCGGAUAAAAUUCCUCACACUCGCGCGGCGUACAUGGGCCACGUGAUACAAAUGUUGGAGAGGAUAGCACUGGCUCUGGAGGCUAAUGACGGCGAGCUGGCCAGCUUGUUGCCUGAACAGUUAAGAGAGCGCUGGAACGCAUUCUCACCAGGUCUUCAGCAGCUCAUACAGCAGAGACGGGUGCCCUUGGGUGGAUACUACCCUUCGGAUAAUUCAUACGAGGUAAACGAAAUGGAGCAGAUGGUUGGCGAGUACGAAUUCAACGACAUGUCUGGGUCGGGCACGCUGGAAGACAUCGGUGACGACUUGGCGGCUGACGGCCUUAACGAGUUACACAUGUUGGGCGCCGGCUCCAACGUAGUCGAUGAAGACGAAGAUUUUGCCACCUCUCCUGUCGUGCAAAAUAUAAUGAAAAGUGUCAACACGUACUUUGACAAAGUCAGCCAGCGGUACGACGAUGCGUGGGACGACACGCCGGCCGCGGACGACGACGCGCAGCCGCCGCCCGACACCUCCACGUGGUUGCCGUGGGAGCAGGAGCCGGCGGGCGCGGCGCCGGCCGGCUGGGCGCAGUUCGACGCUCUGCCUAUCCCGCCGCCCGUCGACCCCUUCGCCCCGCUCACAACAACUCCUACAAAUAGUAAUAAUGCAUCGAAAGAAGAUCUCCCGCCGUUCUGGUCGCCCACAGAGGCGCCAUCUGACGGACACACAGACGCCGCCGAGUCGAGGUCGGAGCUCGAGCAGCGCGUGCGGCGGCUGCAGCUGGGCGAGGCGGGCGCGGCGUCGCUGGCCGGCCGCCUGCUCACGGCGCUCAGCGCGCUGGCGCCGCACCAGCUCGCCUGCAUCGUCAACGGCGACCUCGCCGCCGCGGAUUCCAAUACAUCGACAACGAACGGCGGGUCUUGUGCCGCUGAUACAAACUCUAGCGCAGAUACUAACGCUCACACUAAUAAUGAUACUACGGCUGGUACUGAUACUGCGGCUGUUACUGAUACUUCGGCUGGUACUGAUACUUCGGCUGGUACUGAUUCUACGGCUGGAACUGAUAUUUCAGCUGGUACUGAUUCUACGGCUGGUACUGAUACACCAGCUGGUACUGAUACUACGGCUGGUACUGAUUCUACGGCUGGUACUGAUACUAACGCUGAUACUAGUACGGCUAGUAACUCAGAUACAACUGCAGAUACUGCCGUGUCUAGUACGGAUAGCUGAUGGGCGCGCUUCCCGCCGUGGCCGAUAGCCUAAAUACUGAUACAGCGAUGGCAACACUACAUGUUCUUAUCAUAGACAUAGAUGUAGGUAGAUACAGCGAGUGUAUGUAUUAUGGGACAUAUCGAAAAGUAUCGUAACGUUGAUGUAUCAAAUUCAUAAUUUUAUUUAUUAUUAUGGGACAUUUCAAACACCACUUAAUAAUUGUCAUAUCUUUUGGUGUCACAACAUUGGUUGACGUCAAAUAAAUUACUUAAAACUGAGUUUACUGCCGCUUCCAAAGCUGUCGAGCAAAACUUUCGAGUAUUGCAUUCGAGUUUAAGGGAUAAAUUUCCCGUUUUUUGUUUAAUAUUUUUUAUUAGAUUUCUCGCCCUGUUGACUUUACAUUAACAAAAACAUUUCGAUACGCUUGGUUCUCGUACAGAUGGUUGCUGUAUCUAAAAAUAUCUAUGUCUGUGUUCCUGAUAUUACACCACUAGGUGAUAUUGUUAUCAUGUUUCCAGUUUUUUAACCAGUUUCUAUGUCAAAUAAGUGUUAUUUGUUCAAAUAUAUUAAAGAAAACAGUCCUUUGUUUAAUGUCAAAAUAUCCUUGCUUGUUGAGCGAUUCGUUUUAUAUGAGCUGUUGUAUAUGAGAUGAUAUAUAUGUAAACGUGAGUUAAUUUGCCACAAACACCAAAUUAUAUAUUAACAUUAUAUUGAAAACUAUUAUAAGUAAUGAAUUUUUUGUAAAAUUGUCUGAAAAUCUGCCGUCGCGUGUACAAGGCAAGUCGUGGCCAGAAAUCGAUUUAAUAUAGUACCUUUUUCUAAACUAUUUAUUAUCGAAACUUUCCAUAUAUCAGACUUUUUCAACUAGUGAAUUCCCUCGAGCGUUAUUUGCUACUGAAAAUAUGUGACUGGUUUUUAUAGUUGAAAUAGAGAUCGUGGCAGGUGGAAAGGUUAAGUUCUUUCUCUGGGAAAGAGUCGUGGUUUUAUGUAUGUAGUUAUUCAUAGUUCUGAAUGAUGGUCAACCGAUAGAAAUGCUAGGAAAAUGAUAAUUCUAGUCUGGUCUUCCCUUUGUUCGAGUCCCUUUGUUGAAAUUAAAGUAAUUUAUUACGUACAUACUUUUGUCCUGUUUUUUGACUUGUGUAAAACUUUCGUCAGAAAAAAAAAAAAAACAAAAAUACAGAUAAUAUUUUAACAAACGCGAAAAUAUAUAUAAAAGUCGUUAUUUGUACCACGAUCAUCGGUUUGAUUUACUUUAUGCUUUUGACGAUGUAAACGAUAGUCAGCUACUAGCCCCGGUUAGAAUUUAUGAAUACAUAAAAUCUGCUCUUUAUUUGUGUACAGUAUUAUUAUGUUUUAUUAAAAUUGCGAUCUUUUCUCGAGUGCAAACAUCUCAAAUAACAAGGAAUAUUUACCAUGAAUAAACUUUUGCGGUAGACUGUACUUUCAGUGGUAACUAACGCUCGACCCCAACAUAUAAAAUGCUACAUUAUAUAACUUUAAUAUAAUCGUGUACAAAUGAAGUUUUGUUAACUUAUCGAGCUUCACUUUCUGCGUUGUCGAGCUUUAAACAAUUUGUACGUCUACACGUCGCCAUUCCCUCCUUCGGAUUCAUUGGCCAACAAGUCGCCCAAUUUGUGGCUACACCAGUCGUGCGACAAAUCGGGGUGAUGACCGCGAAGGUAUUGUCUUGUGUGCAAUAUGAGGCGCCAAAUGUUGACUAUACCUGUUGCUGAACUAAUUAAGACUCCUUUUUUAGCGUAAUUUUCCAUAUAACGUGUUUUCGCUUUUAUUACCAUGUUAUAUGGAUUUUAUAAUAAUUUUCCUGAAGAAGAGAUUUGGUAAUGAAAGCGAAAGUUAUAAUUCAAACUUCAAUAUCAAAUGUCAAUAGGAUGGUCGAUUGCUGCAAAUUAUCUGGUUUGGUGACGUCAUUGGCCGAAUAUACUAUAAAUUUAUAGAUUCUGUAAACGCAUGAUGCGGUCUCGGUCGCUCAUUUGAAUUUUAGGUAGUGUGCAAGCGAGAUGGCAUUAACGUUAACGCGAUUGUGUGUAAAUAUUGGUUUGAUAUUUUAAUCGGUACUUAGUUUAGAAUUACCGUCACAAUUUUAAGUUUUUACUUAUUUAGUAUUAAAGGAAUGUAAGUCUGUAAUUUACUUAAUCAUUUUAGUUGCGUUCGCCGAGCCAGAUGGAUUUGUGGCAAUUAAAAUACAUAUAUCGAUAUAAUUAGAUAGUUUUAAUGUACUGUGAUGUUUAUGAGCAACGCACGUGUGAUUAUAUUUAAAGUAACUAUUAGGAAUAUGUGAGGUCCGCCAUUUUACUUUCUAAAUUGUUUUAAAUUUGACAAGUUUUUAAUACUUAAAACUUUUUAACCGCGAAAUGAGUAUCAGAGAGUUCGUCAAAAUUUAGGUCACUUUCCACAGUUUGGUUUAAGUAUAGUGUUUGUGUGUUUUCUUCACCAAAACUGAACCUUGUUUCUCGGUUAUAAAGUUUAACUUACUAUACCAGUGACUUGUAAUUUAUAAUUAAGUCGAAAGUAUAUCCGGACCUCAUAUAUUCCAGGAUAUGUUUUAUUAUACGUAAAUGUAGUGUGAAGGCGCGCGGCCGGUAGCUUUUUAAGUUUUAAUGGAACACGUAAUUAUACUUUUUGUAAGCAAGGUGUAGUUAAAAUUGAAUAUAAGGUCUUUUAGAGAGAAUCUUAUUUAAAAAAAUAACUGUCCUGGGUCAUGGAUAUUAAUUAUAAAAUAUAGUAUCGUAUUGAGUUAGUAUCUCGUAGCACAAGUCUCGGACUUACUCCGAGGCUAACUCAAUCUGUGUAAUUUGUCCCGUAGUUAUAUAUUUAUUAUUUCCUUAUUCCUUAUUUAUUUAUUGGAUACAUGAGAUAGUAAUUCAUGUAUAGCUACACUAACAAUGUAAAAAGUUUUAAGGUAUAAUUUGACCAUAGUGUGCUUGAUUUUAUCAAUAUUAUUCAUUUAGCUUAUAUUCAAUUUUUACUCCAGUUUUCGUAAGUAAUUAUAGUAGUCUUGACAUACAAAGAUGGCGGGCGGCCGCGCGCCGCUAUGUAAAAUUUUUCAUAAUCUUGUAAUGUAAUAUAGGAAUGUAUCGAUGCGCCAAACGUUGUAAAUUAUCGUUUUUAUUCGCUUUUGUUGUUUUUAAGGCGUCGAAUGGUUAUGCUCGGGUCUUUGGCUAGGAAGUUGAAGAAAAUUGUUAUUAUCAUUUACUUACUGUUUGGAUCCAAUGAUUUCUGGAUUAGUGCAGUAAUAUUUGCCAUGGAUUAAUUAACGACGUUUUAUGUGAUUUUACACUUCAAGCUUUUUCUUAGACUAAGCGAUCUUUCACACCUUUUCGGCGUUUAGAAAAGAAAGAAUUAUUUUGAAACGUUUAAGCUUACUUCAAAACCACUGAUUUGGGGAUGGAAUGGGUGGGCCAAUUCCGUUUUUAAAAAGAAACAAUUUACUAAUGCUGUUUUCGAAUUUCAAAUGAUGAAUUUCGAAAUAUCAUUUUUUUUUAUCAACCGCCAGCUAUAAUUUUAAAUAUGAAUUGAAUCUCUUUUUUUUCACCUUUCCUAGCCCGAUGGCCCGUUGGCACUUGCCACUGACGAUUCGGCGUUAGGUUCGAUUCUUAGCCGGCUGUCAGCCGGACAUGUGCCUUCAGUUGUCGCGGAUUUAUUAAUAUGUUGGUUGUCUUGUCCGCAAGGUCGACGAGUUUGCUAUAUUUUUAUAAGGAAUCCUUUUAAAAAAAGUCUACUGUCUUUUGAGGUACUAUAAACAAUUGACCCACCAACAAAAGACCAACCAACAAAAGACCCACAAUAAAUUCAAAAAUUUUUUUUUUAUUCAUUAUUAUGGGACAUUUCAGACAUCACUUAAUAAUUGUUAUAUCAUUUGGUUUCACAACACUGGUUGACGUAAAACUAAGUUUACCGCUUCCAAAGCGUCGAACACGAAAGCAUCCACAGAACAUACAUGCAGACAGAGACGGCUUUCAGAAUAAUCGAUAAGUUAUCUAAUAUUUAAGUUUCCAUCCACCAUCUUUAAUUACCCAUUUGUGAAGCAGCUAUUCGCCGCCAUUUUGUUUAUAACAUCAAUUUUUGUGACAGAAAUGGCAAACUCGUCGACUAUUAGAUUUAUGUUAGGGUAUAGCCAUAUCUCGUAGGUCGAACGUGUUCAAUUUGAAUUCAAUUGAUAUGGGCCGUAUGUGUUGUUGUCUGAAAGGGGCGUACAUGUUCUCAAUAUCAACUGGGCAUAUCGAGUAUAGUUCACAUAGACCCAUUAUAUACUUGUUAGAUUGGCAAUAUAAAUAAUAAAUAUAUGCAGCGAGACAGUGGAAGCCAAAUUUUCAAAAAUUUACUUUAUUCUCUUUGCAUUAUGAGUGUUUUGAAUCUACACAGAUUACAGCACCCGGUAUUAAAGUUGAACACUAGAUUUCAACAAUUCCGUGAUGCGCAGUAGACAUUUUUAAUGUAAAAAAGUCUGCGCAGCGUCCAUAAAGUAGAAUUUUUGUUCAAUUGACGUGCCGUGCAUUAACUUUUGAUAUGGCAGUAUAUAUUUCUUUGUCCUUGACAAAGUAAUGUAUGCGCGCCUCAAAACCUGCGCAGAUUAUAACCUUCUUCCUAAAGUUUGGUUUUAAUUAUAGAAUUAAAUUUUGCUGUCUCUAAACGCAGGUAUAUAAUGAAUCUAUGAUAUUUCAUGACAAAAUUGAUUCAGCCAAAUGGACAUUUUGUAUCGGUAUUUUUAUUAAUUUGUACGGAAAGGCGAUACAAAAUGCAGUUUGUCACAUCAGUUUUGAUUGCUGAUUUACGCAUAUAUCAGUUUACAUAUCGAUAGAAAGCCCUAUUACGUAGUGUCCCAAUUUUUUCCAAAAAUAGUAAUUUUCAUUUCAAAAUUCAUCUUAGCUCAGUGUUUUGUAACUUUGGUUUAAUAUCUUAAUGUCUUUUUUUAGUGAAUAUUUAAGACAACAGAUGAAGUGUAAAUAAUAAGAACUUUACACUAUCGCCUUGCCAGCAUAGUCUGAUACAUAUAUGAAGAAAGGCGCUUAUGUAAGAAGUUAUUAAGUUUCACGAGUUGGUAGCAAGUCCUAAACAUAUUGUAUUCAUAUCGUAGCGUCUGUGAGACAUGUACUUACGCCUCGUUCGUUACGCCUCUCGUUUUAAUUUUCAUUUGGACUGUAAUAUUCUGAAAGUUUCCAAUUUAUCAAGCAAACAUGAAAGAGUACCAAAAAUACAGUUUCUCAACAAUUUGAGAAUAGAACUAUAGAGAUUUUUGGACAUCGAACAGUUUCAAAUAAUGAAAGCGGCCAGUUAACACACCUUGGCUUCAUAAUUUUAUACAUUUAAAAAAAUAAAUACUAUUUGGCGCGAAAUUAAGUCUCUUUGAAAAAUUGUAAUUUGCUUGUUGAAUUGGGAACUGGUUGGGUAGCCAAUUAUUUUAAUUAGAUGUUUAGGAGCCCGCAGUUGUCAUAAUGUAGCUUUAGGAGUAGUGUUGUUUGUGAUCAUGAAUGUGAUGUGAGGCGGGCGUCGCGGCUGCUCAUGUUAAUAUUACUGUUAUAUUACAAAAAUAUGAUUGGUUAAUUAUUUAUUUAUAACGUGCGUCACGUUUCCAGUCUAUAAACAAUUUGUAUAUAUAUCCUUCUAAUUUAAAUAGCCUUCAACAGUGAUUCAAAUGCAGUAUCUUUAAUAUUAAAUUUAUUGGUCUAUAUUUACUUAGCUUUGCGUGAUUGAGCCGCGAGGCCCGCCGAAGGUGCUACUUGUAAAAUUUGUCUUUGCGAGGGAUGACUUUGUCGUGAUGUAACUUGGAUGAGCUGGUAAGAUACGUACGACGUUUUGUAUUAUGUCACAUAAGGUAAUGGAUGUAACUUUGUUAGUAAGAAUGAUAUGAAUGACUACGAUGAGUUUUAUUCGGUUUAAUUUAUGUGGAUAUUAGAAGUUCCUUCCUUUAUUCAUCGGCAGAAUAAAAGCCUUAUAAAACAUACUGAACUUGCUAGUAAAAUUCACGGUAGUCAUCAUAUCUCGACAUCAAUGCGAGAUGGUAGCAAGAUCGCAGCGGUAACGUUACUACGCUGACAAAUUAGAACAAACAUUGGCGCAAUCACGUUACGUUAUCGACGACUGUCUUCCUAAAAUUGUGGUAUUAUACUUGUUAGUAUUACGUGUGUAAGUGUAACACUAGUGCAAUUAAUCGUUUUCGUCUGUUGUGCUCUAAGGAGGUGUAAAUACGAUUUUAAUAUACCGCCCCAUUAGCAAACCGAGCUAAGAUUAAAACGCUCCUUUUAUUUUUUAUAAUACAUGAAAAUCUAUUUCGAUUUGGUAAUUAGAAAAACAUUUAUUAUUGCGUAUAAAUUUAAGUCCAGUUUGCUAAUGGAUCUAUGUACAACCAGCAUUUCCUAUAACCGUACAAGUUUCGUACCAAAUAUUUGUGUACAUAUUUACUCACUUUUGGAUAUUAGGCAAGUGUCUAGGGAAAUAUACCUAUUAGCGUUUUGUAUCAGUCCCGGGUGGACUCUCAACGAUUUGCACGUAUAAUGCUUUUUACAUUGCUGAAAUGUAUUAAAUGCCAGUUGAUACAAUGCUAUAUUGUUGUUUUUAAUAGAAAAUUGACCCUUUACUAACUAAAAAAAUUAUUUUUAUUUGGUUGUAUUACAGUGAGGACUUUUUGCAUAUUAAAGUGCGUGUUUAAACAUAAAAGUUUGCGGUUUUAGCAUUAUGAGUGCAAAUUGUUUUGGCGUCUGACGUGUUUUGUGAUAGAUCUCAUUCGCUCCAACCGUCCUCAUGUUCUUUUGUGGAGUAUAUUUUGUUCCCUUUAAGAAAGGUACAAGAACAGAACUAGCUAAGAAAAUACCGUUUUAAAGCAUCUUUCAUGGUUUCAUGUUAGAACGUAAUAUUUAAAAUGUGCAUGGCAACAUUUUCAGUGAGCGUUUUGUUUUUGGCCGCUUCGCUAAGGGGGCAGUUAUUCCCAGUGAUCUCCUUACUUUUUGGUACUGGUUUACCUUUUGUCUUAUUGUCUAACCUUCGUUGUUUUAGCUAAAUGCUCGUUUGAUAGAGCGUUUUCUUCGUGCAGUUGACAAAUUUAAUUGGUAUAAAAGUUUAUGUAUAUUAGUCCGUGGUGGCUAUAUUUCUUUGAAAAUUGAACCUCGUUUAAUUGUGAUAAGAUUCUAUAAUUCUAUUCGUAAUGGUCUGUACUUUGCUUUGAUGUACCUACCUGCAAUAGUCAAUAAACGUACAACUUUCGGAACAUUUUCUAUGAAAAACUUAACCAAUGACUUUUGCAGGUGUACUUUGGGCUACAAAUCGAGCGCUACAGUUAAAAUGUGACAUGUUGCGCUAGCUGUGUGGCCCACGGUAAAUAAUAUCGUGUUAGUUCUUAAAUUAUGUUAAUGUUUCCACGUGAGUUUAAGGUUAGAUGUACGAUCGCGUUCAUAUUUGCAGUCAUAGUUUUAAAAUUCUUACGGGUUAAAAUAGCGUGCACUGUGGUUCCACUAGAUACACACACACAUGCAUAUUUAAAAGAAUAAAUAUUCCUUCAAAUGAAUACGGUCUUUAAUACCAAUGAUUACUAAGUAAAAGAGUUUAUUAUUCUAUGACAUAUAACAUAACAAAACAGAAAGAGACGGUAAUCAACGAUGGCCGAACUGGGCCCGAUAAUUGUCGAUCGAAAUAUCGUCGUCUCUCAUUAUUUGCAUAAGAUUUGCCUAUAGAGGAAAGCCUGCCAGACUUAUGUCAUUUUAAUAAGGUUGAAAGUUUGUCUGCACACGACCCUAACAUAGGUUGUGGUUCCUUUGAAAGUUAUUGGGUAGCAAUUUUAUUACUUCGUGUGAGCAAGUGAGAUCUAAGAUAUAUUAGAUAAACUCGCUUGCUCACACUCGCUUGUUCUAGUUACUAGCGUUACUUGGAUUCCGAAGUUAUUCAAGGAUUUUUUUGUCUAUUUUAGUGUUAUUGACAAUUUUUAAUGUUUCAAGGUGCCAUUUGAACUAAGUAACUGACUGACUAACCAACUAACUGAUAUCUAAGAAUUACAAUACCCGUGUUUUCAAACACGGAAAUCAGCAAGAAAUACUAAACAAGAGGGAGCAAAAUAAAACAUUCAAUAAUUAAAAUUAGUAAAUUUUAUUGAAACAGUUUACCUAUAGUUUUAUUUACAUAUUGAUGUUGAUGAUUAUAUAAAGCUAUACAUAUAUAGUAUAUUACACUUAUUGUAUCAUCCACUUAUCUCCUGUUAUUAAGGUUACAGCUUAAUUAUUCGUUUUCAUAAAGAAAAGAUAUUGAAGCUGUCCUUAAAAUACUAUCUAAGUAAUUAGUACUUUUAAUAUAAAUUGGCAGAACCUUUCACGCACUAUAUGGACUCGAUGCACAGGGCAGUUGUCUUGCACAAAUGAUAUUGUUGGUAUAUCAUCAAUCGGAUAAAUACACCGCACAGUUGGUAACAUGGUUUCUUGCAGCACUUGCACAUAAUGAGCAGCUGUAGCGCGUCCUGCUAUCCACACCUGUUCCCCAGGUCCAGCAGCACUCAUCCAGCCCCACAUAUUUACAGAGAUGUGUCCAGACUCCAUAUUUGGCACAAUAUUUUUUUCUUCAUACCGAGUUGCAUUUCUUCGCCAUAAAUAAAUGAAGUCUACCGUGUUGUGAUGACAUAAAAUAAACGAACUUUUCGUCCGUAAAUAUCGCUUUUUUCCAGUCAAAAUCCAAAUACUGCCGAGCAAAUUCUAAACGUUUUUGCUUAUUUAUUUCUGAUAAAUACGGCUUUCUUGCUGGCUGUCUGUGGUGUAGUCCCUCACGGUGCAAACACAAAACAGUAACCAUUGAUGUGUCGAACUGUUCCGCAAAUAUUCUGAUCGGUAUAAAGCCAUUAUUUUCGUACUGUUCCACCAUGGAUCUCCGCUGUGUGGCGUGUCGCUGUGUUGAUUAGCGGACGACUUUUUUUUUUUCACUACCCUCUACUUGAUGGCGGGUUACCCAACUUGUUGUUUAUUGUGUUAUUUGUGUGAAUGUGUGAGUGAUAGCAGCGGUGCAAGCUAUAAAGUUUUGCGAACUAUGACUGCAAUUAUGAACGCGACCGUACGCUUAGAGCUGUCAAAUAAGUACUUUGUAGCGUUGGUCGUGUUCUACUGACAUGUUUUAGUCCGAGAGCUUAACACAUUUUUAUGAUAAAGAAAUCUUUCAGUUUGUCGUCAGUAAUUUGCGAAAAACCUGUACUUUUAAUGAUAUUUGUUUUAAUGCAUUAUCCAUAUACAGACAGUCACAGAUUUAGUAUUUCGUUUCAGCUAAGGAAAAUUCUUUAUAUAUGUAUGUCUGCAGUGGAUAUAGUCAAAAUGCCGAUCGAAGGAAACUAGAAUGAAAAAAAUAAGGGAAUAACUGUCCUGUCUGAAAAAAUAUUUAAUAUAAAUUUACAUCACACUCGUUUGGUUUGUUUGUUUGUAAUAUCUUUAUUGCACAGACAUUUACACAGUUACAAUAAAUAGUACACAUUUAUAGAAGAAAUAAAUCACUUACAAUGGCGGACUAAUCCCAUGAUGGGAUCUCAUGUUUUUUUAGCAGGGUUAGAAACUUAAUAUUAUGUUGCGAACAAAAUAUAUACUCCUCUGUUUACAAUACUUCCAUUACUUUGCCCUCAACGAUAAUAAUAUCUGUUGUUUUAACAUGAUAACGAGUGUUUGCGCUAAAACAUGUCAGUUUGUAACCACGAGCGAUGCGCAGGAGCGUUGAGCGGAGUGUGUUCAGUGGUCACCGCGGCGUGGCUAACGAGAACUGUGCCUUCCGGGCGGUGUCGGGGGCGAUCAUAUGUAUGUUAAGAAUAGCCCUUUAAUUAGCAACGAUUCCAAUCUUUUACUUAGUUAAUUGUAAGCGCGCAGCCGUUAGGGAAUUUAAAUCAAAUUACAAAUAUGUCAUGCAAUGUUAAAUAGUCCGGCGGCAAUUUUAAAGAUAUGUUUAACCUGUCAUUAAUUUAUUGUCAAUUCUUAAUCGCUAAUGAAAGAUCGAAAUUCUUAAAUUUCGUUGUAAGAAUUUAUGUGUAGUUUAUUCUCAAAUGUUUGAGCUAUUCCCGUGUACCUAAUUAGUUGUACAUUAUAAUUACUGCACCGCCGCCCCGACACGCCCGAGACAUAAUAAAUGCUCGUAAUGUAUUCUAUUGUAUUUAUAUUAUAUCAUAGUUAAAAAUUUUAUUAAAAAAGUUGCUCAAUA